AUGGAUGAAAAAGCCGGCUUGGAUGACACCGCGAGUGGGUGGUCGGAUGUGCGGCGGCGGACGUCAGACCCAGCGGCGGCGCCUUUGCGGAUGCCAUCUUUUUACUUGGCCCUCUGUCUAGGGCUCUUCACCGGCACCAACUCCCAGUUACUCGAAAUCUUCGGACUUUCCACCGGAGAUGCUGGAACUGUCGACCGACAGCCUUUCCACGACCUCGCCAGGUACAUCUUAUCACUCGUUCGUCCUAAUUUCGCGCCGAUUAACCUGAUGAUCUCGUUUGCAGCCAAUCCGCCGGCUUGAUCAAUUAUCUGCAAACUAUUCAGAAAAACCCAAACAACGACUUGAAUAAAAGGUUCGGAUGUGUGAAAGUAAAAAAACGAAAAAAAUGGUUAUUUUUUUCCCUCACAUUGGUUUUUCUGCUGCGUCCUGAAAAAAAUAAACCUCUGAAAAAUUCAGAAAAAAAGCAUAAAAAAAUCACAAAUUUUUUUAAGUUCACUCAAAUAAAGGCAAAAAAAUCUUUUUUUCGGACUUCGAUAAAUAAAUCCAUUUCUGUUCUCUUCUCUUUUUUUCCGAUCUUCAGAAUUGAUUACCAGGCUGAAAGAAGGAACGGGUGGACUCCCUAGAGUCAACUUCAUCGAAGGACUCCCAGUACUACCAGGAGUUGUGGGAAGUCUUCCAGGAGCUGGAUCGUGCCUUCCUCGAGGUUCUCCCUUGGUCAAAGACAAGUGAAUUUCCCUUCUUUUUUCUCUAUCAAGUCCUUUUAUUUCAGGUCCCCAAGUUUCUUCCAGAACAUUCUGAGAAACAUCCCAGGAGCUCAAGAUUACUUGGCUAGUUUAUUGCCGUCACCUAAAGUCAAUGUGAAGUCGCUUUAUGGAAAAUUCCAAUGGGUACUGUGAAUUAUUCAAAAUCGAAAAAACGAAUGAGAUUUAGGCUUUGGACACUCCAUCUGUACAUAAUCGGUUCUGUUCUAUGACUGAAUGUAGGAUUCAAAAAAACCUAUUAUUCUAAUUGAAAAUUUUAGUCCUACCCCAAGCAGAAGCAGGAAACUCAUCUGCCUUCUCAAUUCAGGAAAAGUUCCGGUCCAAUAGUGAAUCGGGAGGUGAAAAGGUGAUUUUUUUUUAAAUCCUUGUCGCAUACGAAAUUGCUUGUUGACUGAGACAAUAUUGUUUUGGAGCACCUUUACUAAAAAAUAUCACAAUCCGCCGAGUUUAAUUACAUUGAAGCUCUGAAAAACUGUAAUUCAAAAUUGGAAGAUAAAAUUUUAAUCGGUUCGGAAAAUUAUCUUCACACAUGGUUUGAAAAAUAAGCUAUUUCUUGUACAAUCUCUUUGUUUCAUGGUUUUGAAUGUAUUCCGAAGUCUGAAUGAUGUUUUUUCAGGUCGCCUUUGGCUACGGGAUCAUCCACAAGGAAAGAACCUACGUUUACAUGCAGGAUGAUCCAUGUCCUUGUAGGUUUUUUUUCUAUAGUCUGUGUGCCACGAUUUGAAAUUUCACGGAACGACAUUCCGCUGUUCCGCUGCGUUGCGAAGCGUCUUUACGAGCCUCGGUCUCGCUUUGAAUUGGUUCUAAUUUCUGAUAGAUGGACUGUUCCACCAGGAACUCGAGUUGGUCGAGUUCUUAAAUGAAAUGAAAAAAUUAAAGGCGCGCAAAGGCACGCAGCGGAACAGCGGAAUGUCGUUCGGUGAAAUUCCAAGUCGUGGUACACAGACUAUAAUAACUUGCCUCAUGCUAACUUUUCAGAUCAAAUCGUGACGGUUGGUCCAAUCAACGAUGAGACGAAUCAGUAUGAAUAUGUGAUCUUGUCGAAUUGGGCAAGGUUCCCGAUUAUUGGCCUUGUUCGAGAUCUGCGGACCUUCUAUGCGAAGUAUAAGGAUCAGUUAGAAGAUCAGUUGGAUAAGGACGGCUUCAACAAUGAAAUCACCGGGUCAGCUUUUGAAAAACUUUUUUUGAUUUCGAAUACUGAAAGUUAAAACUAAGCUCAAAAGAAAACGGGUUUUCAAAACUUCUUGGCGGCUCGAGUCAAUAUUUAUUGAGGAUUUGGAAUGAAUAGCGGAAAAUUCUGCAAAAGUUUUCCUUAUGAUUUCUGUUCCAAACCAGCAAUGAAUGGAGUUUAGUGUCCAAUGAUUAUUGGUUGAUUCGCCUGUGAUUUGUCACUAGAUCCACUUUUUUUCCUGGAGAAUGUUGCAACGUAUUGAAUGACGACAGGAAACACAUUUACGCAAUCGAAAGCGUCCCGCGUGAAUCACGCAAUAUCCGCGCUUUGGAGCUGGUUUUUCCGGCGUUUAUCACAAGAGAUUGCAGCAAUUCGAACAUCCACUACGCCGACUGGUCAAAGUGUCGGCCCGCCACGCCGAUCAACUACAUUCAGAACGUACUGGCUGACCUUUUCGGCUGA